AAUCGACUCGGAGUUCAUGAUUCAGCACGACACCUCGGUGCCUCCUACCACAGCCGAUAGCUAGUUCGGGCUGAGUAUUAUUGCUAGCUGUGCUGCAGACGAUUUGACAUGAGGAUUUCUGAGGACAUGAGGAAGGAGAGGACUCGGUGGCGCUCAGUGACGAACUGCUGACAGUACGAGAAUGAAACAUGGCCCAUUUCACCACAUCAUCCACUGCAGCGAGCGGAAACCUUAUUAAGAGCUCAGAGCAACUGGACUGCAGAGGAACAGCACUGCAGCUCAUUCACAGGACGAGCACCCAGCAAGCGAAUUCAUUCUUUUAAUUAAUCUGUACGACCAAACAAUGGCUUAUUUCCGUGCAUCAUUUAAAUGACAAUGUGUCCUUUUUUAAACGGUAAAUCACAAAGGCUGGAUAUUGCACUAGGUUGAUGUUACAGUAGCUGUACAGUUGGGUUGCAUUCUUCUAAAAAGAGAUCAAAAUGACGGUGGAAAAUUCGACAAUUAAAACCCGGAUUAAAAACCUGCUCCGAACACCUUCCAUCAAACUGAGGAAACACAGAUCUGGAAACCUUAAGGAAAACCUAGGAAAGAAGGUGACUCUUGAAAAGGUUUUGGGAAUUACAGCUGCAGGAAACCGAGCUUUGGCGUGUGACCCUCACUCCGGUUUGGUAGCCUACCCUGCAGGGUGUGUGGUGGUGCUGCUGAAUCCCAAAAAGAGCAAACAGUGUCAUAUUCUCAACAACUCCAGGAAAACAAUCACCACUCUAGCUUUUUCACCAGAUGGCAAAUAUGUAGUUACAGGAGAGAGUGGUCAUAUGCCAGCAGUGCGUGUGUGGGAUGUGGCAGAGAGGACUCAGGUCGCAGAAUUGCAGGAGCAUAAGUACGGUGUGGCCUGCGUGGCAUUCUCCCCCAACAGCAAGUACAUUGUCAGUGUGGGAUACCAGCAUGACAUGAUCGUCAACGUCUGGGCCUGGAAGAAAAAUGUACUGGUUGCUGCCAACAAAGUGUCAAGUAAAGUGACGGCUGUGUCAUUCUCUGAUGACAGCUCUUACUUUGUCACAGCAGGAAACAGACACGUCAAGUUUUGGUACCUGGACCACACCAAGUCCUCCAAGGUCAAUGCCACAGUGCCCCUUCUGGGCCGUUCUGGGCUGCUGGGCGAGCUCAGAAAUAACUUCUUCAGUGACGUAGCGUGUGGCAAGGGCCGGAAGGCCAACAGCACUUUCUGCAUCACCUCCUCAGGCCUGCUGUGUGAGUUCAAUGACAAGAGGUUGCUGGAUAAGUGGGUGGAGCUCAGGAAAAAUGACAAUAUUACAACUGGAUUAGCCACGGCGCUGUCUGUAACAGAGGAACUGAUAUUCUGUGGAUGUGCUGAUGGAACAGUUCGAGCUUUCAGUCCAAUCAACCUGCACUUUAUCUGCACUAUGCCUCGCCCACACAGCCUAGGCACUGACGUUGCCACUGUCACUGAGGCAAGCCACCUGUUUGCAUACAAGUUGGAUGCUCGGUACCCUGACACAGUAGCCGUAUCGUAUGACUCUACCAACCGCUGGCUGUCUUGCGUUUACAAUGACCACAGUCUGUACGUCUGGGAUGUCCGUGACCUCCGAAAAGUGGGAAAGGUCUACUCUGCCCUUUAUCACUCCUCGUGUGUGUGGAGUGUGGAGGUAUACCCAGAGAGCAAGAAAAAAGAGACUUCCUGCCUCACUCCUGGAUCAUUCCUUAGCUGUUCCUCAGACAACACCAUCCGCUUGUGGAACACAGACACAUACAAUGCCAGACUCAACCACAACGUCAUCAGUAAUGAUCUCCAGAAGAUCAUUUACAUAGAUAAUAACGUCACAGCUUUGCUAGACACAGACUGCACAGUAUCUAGCAACUCUGAAAAAGCUGACGUACAAACCUCUGAGAACAGGAUUGGCAUUAGGACCAUGUGCGUGAGUCCAGAUGGGCAGCAUCUGGCAUCAGGCGAUCGCAAUGGAGUACUGAGGAUCCAUGAGCUGCAAAGCAUGGAGGAGAUUCUGAAUGUGCAGGCCCAUGAUUCAGAGAUCCUGUGUUUGGAGUAUUCAAAGCCUGAGACAGGCUUGGGGAUGCUGGCCUCAGCAAGCAGAGACAGGUUGAUACAUGUUCUGGACGCAGAGCAUGAGUAUGAGCUGCUGCAGACACUGGACGAACACUCCUCCUCCAUCAAUGCAGUGCACUUUGCUGCAAACGAUGGUAAAAUCAGAAUGAUCAGCUGUGGGGCUGACAAAAGUAUUUACUUUCGGACUGCACAUAAGACAGAUGAAGGAAUUAAGUUUACACGCAAUCAUCAUAUAGUGAGGAAGACUACUCUCUGUGAUAUGGAUAUUGACCCAACAUGCAAGUAUGCAACUAUUGGCUGCCAGGACCGCAGCAUCAGGAUCUUUAACAUCAGUAAUGGCAAACAGAAAAAAAUCUACAAGGGAUCUCAGGGGGAGGAUGGUACCAUCAUUAAGGUCCAGAUUGAUCCCUCUGGGCUGUACGUGGCUACCAGCUGCUCAGACAAAAACAUCAACAUCUUUGACUUCUACACUGGAGAGUGUAUGGCCACCAUGUUUGGACACUCAGAGAUUGUAACAGGAAUCAAGUUUACCAAUGACUGCAGGCAUCUAAUAUCAGUGUCAGGAGACAGCUGCAUUUUUGUAUGGAGACUAAGUCCAGAGCUGACCAUCAGUAUGAGGCAGAGGCUGGCUGAUCUGAAAAAGAAGAAUCUCCCUGUACAGAAAAGCCCAUCUAACAAACCCCAAACAGCCAGUCCCAGAAAGGAGGUACACAGUGCCCCAGCUGUAGGCACCAUCUUCUCAGACAGUGAUAAAGAGGUAGAGGAAGAGGAGGGUAUAGAAGAGGAAGAUGAGUUUCCUCACCCAUCUUCCGGCAGCAGUACAGGAGAAGAGAAUGAAAAGCACGACUCAGUCAGUUCCAACAUCAUAGAACUAAAAAAGUGUUCUGAGAACACUGCUGCAUGUGAGAGUUCCGCUCGGAGGCCGAGGCGACGCUGGUCUAGGAGAAUGGGCAGCAUGGAUCUAAUGGUAAAGUCCAUGCUAGAUCUGAGGCAGCUGGAGUCCUUUGCUACGUCGACUUCACCCGGCACGUGCCCUGCUGUGACCCGAGAACCUCCGCUGCGCUCAGAUCUGGAGUUAGGCAGUACUGUCAGCCUACAGACCAUUUCUGGAUGGAUGGAGAAAGAAGACUCGUCUAUCCCAAGUGGACAAGCACGUCCUCAGUAUAUCUCGCUGUCCCCACAGACCCCUGAUACAGAUGCUGUUGUGCUUUACCCUGAGAACUUUGAGGAUAGAAUAAGCCUGGCAGGCAGUGAGUACCAGGUGAAGGAGUUAGCACUUGCUAUGAAGGUGCUUAAAGGAAACUCCUGCCCUGACAAGCACAGCCCUGACAGUGCAUGCUCAAUGGAUUAUUCCAACAGCCAUCUCUCCAGUCCUGAGCAUCCUGGAGAAGACUCUGAACCCACUGAACCACUGAGUGUAGAUGGGAACUCAUCAGAGCUGGAAAUGGAAGACCUAGAUGAGGAUGAGGAGGAGAGGAAGAGUGAGACCUUUGUACCUCAGACUCCAGACCAUGAGGCCUUUCUUAAAACACAUUUUGGAAACCUAACCGACCGUGGCAGCUCAGAUGCAGCAAGCUCUACUGGUCCUCAUCCACCAAAUGUUAGCAUCUCAUCCAAGUUCUUCUCUCAAAGUUCCAGCAGCAGCAAACAGAUAUUGCACUUCGCUCUAUCCAAAACUACUGAGAGUAAGACUGCUUGCAGAGUGGUGCACCCGCUGGUCCUGGAGGUACACCCCCUUAUGAAGAGUGGGCAGCAGGAACUCCAGAACCUUGAGAGGAAUGUAACACUAGACAAUAGGUGUGCUCCUGUGGAGGACUUUAACAAAGUAUCCAGCCCUUCUGUUGAUGCUAAUUCUCUGGCUAUCUCAGCUGGCAUGAGAAAAGCCCAGUCAAUACACAGCAUCUCAUCAGAGGCUGAUGUGCUCCAGUCACCUACACGAUCUAUUAAGGAGGCUUCCUCUCAACCCCAGCACACCGAGCGCACUACAUUGUCUACACCACGCCGUACCCCUACUGGUGUUAUUCUCUCCAACCCAUCGUCUACUCAACCUAAGGACUGCCCAACUCCCACCAAAUCCAAGCAGUCUACACGUUCCUACAUGAGCCCUACCACCAGUUUCAUGGCCAAGGUGUCACGUUCUAUGUCCAUGGGGGACAGUUUAAAUGUAAGUGAACUCGGAGAGAUGAACGCAUGCUCGGACCUCCGCCGAGCCUCUGGAACGGACACUUCCAACCUCCGUAAUGGCUCUCGGAGCAAACCUUCAUCUCCAGUAGUGCCACUGCCCUCAACAGUUAUUGGCUCUCCAUCCCACAGUGCUGUUACCCCCACUCUCAGUGGUGCCUCCAAUGCAAACCCCUCUUCUAAAAACCUUCAGACCAAUUUAACUGCCAGUACCCGCCCACAACUUCAUUUGGACCUCUCCAGACCUCUUCCAGAUAAACCCUCCAUGGCUUCCUUUUCUCCUAAUAGCAGGAUGACAAAGCCUAAAGAUGAGUGCGGUAACAGGACUCCAGUGUGUGUGUGUCCACUGCCAGGACCGUCUCAGCCAUCCACCAGCACAGUCCCAGUGCAGUCAAUCACAUGUUCUAUGGCUACUCAAAGCACCCCUCUGGAACUCCAUACAGACCAGUCUGCAGGCCCAGCUGAGAACCAAGGAUUGUUUGAAGAGGUUCAGACCAAGCACACCACUCAGAGAGAGGACAACCCCAUGUACCUUCAGAAAGACAACCGAGCCCAACAUACAGAUACAUCUCUUAGUAUAGAUACAUGCAGACUUGUGGCUAGUGAACUUCAGAGCAAUUUCAAAAGAGCAUGUCACCUCUACAGAAUGCUAAACACUUCCUCAGACUCCAGCGAGGAUCAGCAGCAAAUGGCUCAAGUUCUGGCAGAGACGUUCUCAGCAAUGCAAGCUGAAUUAAACACUCUGCCGUGUUACCAGACAGCCUCCAAUUCUGUGUGUGUUCUGGGCAGCGGUGCAGGGGUGGUGGGAGAGGAACGAACACUGGCACUGCUGGAACAGUACUCCCAGCUGCUGCUUAGAGCUGUGGAGAAGAGGAUGGACAGCAAAGUAUAAAACGGCUUAUUUUAUUUACAGAACUGAGGCUCAGGAUGGGACUCAAGCCAUGAUACUGCAGUCAGUUUUGUGGGGUCCCCCCCCCCAAACACUUUUGUCUAUAGAUCCUUUUGUGAUUUGAACCUUACUGUACACACCACCAGCACAGAUGAAUGAGCCCAGACUAACAGGACCACAUCAAAAUUAGCAUGGCUGCACUGCACUACAGUCAUUAACCUCACCAUCCUACCUCACCAGUACUUUCCUUUUACUGUACUCCAGCAGCACCCUUGCACUCUUUCCUUCUUCACCUUACAUACAAAUAUUGGACCCUUUUAUUUAGUAGCUAUUUAUGUAUAUUAGAAAUAAAAGCUGGGCUUUACUGUCUUGUAAAUAAAA